GUGGACAAUUUGAGCCCCAAAUCAACAUACACCUAAUUUGCUGAGGGAAACAGAGAUUUGAAUCUUAGCCAAGAAUAAAUACAAACAAAAAACACAGAAAAACAGAGCAAAAAGAGCAAAAGAGAGAGAUGGAGAAGGGAGAGAGAGCCUACAAAGCUCACUGCUUGGUGUUACCCUAUCCAUCCCAAGGCCACAUCAAUCCCAUGCUCCAAUUCUCCAAGCUUUUAAAUCACAAAGGAAUCAAAAUCACACUAGCCAAUACCAUCUUUGUCCACAACACCAUUCAAAAAAUUUCAUCAUCAUCCUCAUCAUCCACUUCCAUUGCAUUUGAGACCAUUUCUGAUGGCUAUGAUGAAGGUGGGAUUACUCAAGCAGAGAGCAUAGAAGCCUAUUUGGACCGGUUUCGAAAAAUCGGGACGAAGACUCUGAUUGAGCUUAUUGACAGGCUCUCUGGCUCAGGGAACCCAGUUGAUUGUAUUGUCUACGAUGCAUUCAUGCCUUGGCCUCUUGAUGUAGCCAAAAAGUUUGGGAUUGUUGGAGCAGUUUUCUUCACUCAGUCUUGUGCCGUUGACAACAUAUUCUACCAUGUCCACCAAGGCCUGCUCAAACUUCCUCUGCCUCCUGACUCUGAGAUUUUGCUUCCUGGAUUGCCACCACUUCAACCUUCUGACAUGCCUUCUUUCAUCUAUGUUUAUGGAUCAUACCCUGCUUUCUUCACAAUGGUUGUGGAUGGUCAGUUCUCUAAUGUUGACAAAGCUGAUUGGGUUUUCUGCAACACAUUUUACGAGCUGGAAGAAGAGGUGGUGGAUUGCAUGGCAAAGCUUUGGCCAUUGAGGACAAUUGGACCAACAAUCCCAUCAAUGUACUUGGAUAAGCGGCGUGAAGACGACAGAGAAUAUGGUUUCAGCCUUUUUAACCCAAACAGUGAUGCCUGCUUGACAUGGCUAAAUGCGAAGCCAAAAGGGUCUGUAGCUUAUGUGUCUUUUGGAAGCUUAGCAGAACUUGGAGAAAAUCAAAUGGAGGAACUGGGUUGGGGCCUGAGGAACAGCAACAACUAUUUCUUGUGGGUGGUUAGGGAAAAAGAAGCAGCCAAGCUGCCAAAAGGGUUUGUGGAGGAGACAUCUGGGAAGGGUUUGGUGGUUUCAUGGUCCCCUCAGUUGGAUGUUUUGGCAAAUGAGGCUGUUGGAUGCUUUGUCACACAUUGUGGUUGGAACUCAACUUUGGAGGCUCUGAGUUUAGGAGUUCCAAUGGUGGCAGUGCCACAAUGGACUGACCAAAGCACCAAUGCCAGGUUCAUCAUGGAUGUGUGGAAAAUGGGGCUCAAAGCUCAAGCUGAUGAGAAAGGGAUCGUGAGACGAGAAGAAAUAGCAAAUUGUGUGAGAGAAAUAUUGGAAGGGGAGAGAGGGAAGGAGAUUCGAAAGAACACUUCGAAGUGGAAAGAAUUGGCCAAGAACGCAGUGGAUGAAGGUGGAAGUUCUGAUAAAAACAUUGAUGAGUUCAUUGCAAAACUGGUUCAAAACUACUAGCUUUAGCUUUUUGUAGAGUUACCUCUGUGAAAAAUAAAAGUGAGGCUAUGUAAUGUAAGGGAUAAUUAUAUUGCAGUUUAUGAACUUGUCCAAAAUAAUUAGAACUUUCA